AGAAGGAUGAGUCGGGCAGACCUGAUGGAGAUGGAGAGAAAGUUACUCGGAUUUAUCCCCGAGAGCUGUAAGACCUUCUUUCUUCAUGUGCCGAUUCAUGAAUACUAUUCUCAAAGAGAAAUCCUUUGCACUGCGACUUUCUCUUGUUCUGCUUUGACUCCACUGCGUGAAAGAUAAAAGAAUGCAAAACCUUGCCGUACACAAUUCGUUCCAGCUGCGGUCACCAUGACGGACUUGCUGAUAGUUGUUAACAGGACCAAAUCGCCGGAACCAACGCCGAGCCCACCCCGAACUUCUCCUCCACUGACUCAAGCUGGCUUUAACCCUGUGGCGCCCCCAGUCCUGAGCUCGCUCGGAGUGCACAACCCACGAUCGCCAUCAAACCACACAGGCGAGUGGACGAGCCCGCUCCCUGUACGCCCCAACAGACACCCGCAGAGCUAUGCCGGCGGGCUGAGCGUCAGUCCGUCCCCACCGAGACAUCGAACAGGCAUGAACAUUGAAGGCGUGGCGUUCGGAGGGGGCAACUUCUCGCAUUCCCCUCCCGUCCAAGCGGGAAUGAGACCUCUCAGCCAUCCCACCCAGUACACAACCUUUGGAGGCCGGAUGUCUCUGUCUCCUCGACCUGAUAGUAGGGAUCGCCGAGCAUCCAUGUUCUCCCAACCGGGUCAACGCCUCUCAUACGGUGCACCACCGCUUCCCCAUGAACCCCAAGCUCAUUUCUAUGGAACCCCCAAUAUCGACUUCGGGCAGCCUCUGGGUCAAGAGACGGGUCUACAGCCCGGCGAGAAUGGGUAUUACUGCGGGUUCGACACUCUGAGUACCGCGGGGGAUAUGGCUUCGGCGACCACCGAGAAUGUCAUUCUUGUGGGCUAUGAGGGCGCCUUGGACGUGUACCGCAUCGACAGAGAGAGCAUAGAUCUCAUCGGUCAGAUUCAUGGCUUGCGAGGCUCAGUCGUCGGCGCGAAGAUUCUUCCGUGGACUCUCCGCAAGGAUCCAUGCCAGGGCCAUCGACCGCUUGUCGCACUCAUCCUGCACAACCCGUUGAUACCCCCUGAAACCUCGAAUGGAACGGACUCGCCACUCGUCGACGUAGAUGAUCACACCAAUCCGUCUCGCUCGUCAAGUCGCCAGGCAGAUCGGCGCGAGGGACGAAACGGUCAUAUCACAGCAUACCAAACCACCGUCGAGGUGUAUUCCUUGAGCUCACAGGAGCGCAUAGCAAUCUUGUAUAGCACACCAAGUACAACGGUAUCGUAUUCUUUAGACGGUACUCCACUCGCACCGCCCCCUAUUGGAGACCUGAGGAUCGACGCGAAAGGAAAAUUCGUCGUGGUCGCUUCAGGGACAAGUGGCGAAGUGUUCAUAUUCUCCUCUUACCCGAAUAAUGGGGCUGAGAACGGGUCUCAGGCUUUCCGCUGCAUCGGGAAACUUUGGACCACGGUACAACAACACGAGCCGGGUGGAGAAUCAAGUGCCUCGAGUGUGAGCGAUGCGAAUGCCCAAAUCCCAGAUGGGGCUGUACAGUAUAGUGUGCCACUUUUCUCACUCAGUGAGCGAUGGCUCGCCGUCGUUUCUCCACCGUCUUCGUCGCUCUUCACCUUGAAAGGAGAUGCCCUGCUUCGCGAUGAGAAUCCCAACGCCCCAGGGGUUUCAAGCCAUACAGCGCCUUCACAAGCCACGUCAACGUGCGCGGUGGACAUGCCGGAUGCCGAUACCAUGUUCGGUUGGGUUUCCCGGGAAGUCGCUAAAGGCAUCAUCAAAGGAGCGCAGUGGGUUGGCGAUCAGGGUGUGCAGGCAUGGAAAAGCUACUGGAAUAAACCGAGUCCGCCCAAUGGCCAACCACCCGGUCCCAUUCACGAUCCGCAGCUGCAGUACUUCCCACCAACGCACGCGCAGUCAACGCAAACCCCCCAUCCAAGUAACGAGCCGGCUCCAGUCUCCGUCUUCGACUUGCAAAGGUUCCUCGAUGCGGAAGAGUCAAGAGUCAAGAACUCCUUGGUGCCACUGGCCACGUUCAUGCCUCCGCAGGGGUGUAGUUUCUUGUCGUUCUCGCCCACGGGGCUCCAACUCCUCACGGUUAGCCACAAUGGGGAGCACAGCUUCAUCUGGGAUUUGAUGCGGAUGACAUUUGGAAAGACAUUAAUUUCGGCCAACAAGGGGGCGGCAGGGCCGCACGUUCGGCAGAUUAUGAGGAUCACACGGCUGACGCCUGCACAUGUCGUGGAUGUGGUUUGGUCGGCUCCCAACGGCGACAAACUGGCUCUUUUGACGGAGAAAGGCACCAUCCAUGUGCAUGAAUUGCCAGCUGGCGCCUUACAAUGGCCGCCACCUCGAAGAACCAAACGUGAAAUCGAGACGGCCAAAAUAAAGGAGCCGGAAUCUAACGAAGCAACGUCCUCGCGAAACCGCAUGAGCUCAGCUUUCGAGGCCAUCAACGGCGCAACCAAGCCGUGGCUUGACACAGUGCGAGGCCGAAGUCUCAGCAGCGGUUCCGGCAUCCCGAAGAUCAGUGGUCUCUCGAUGACGACCGCUGCCGGGGCCGGCGCGAAAGGCGGCAAAGUCGUGGCCGCCGGCUUUGGCAAGUCCCUCACCGCGGCCACGGACUCGGUCCACAACCUCUAUCACGCCGGCGACAACAAGCUGCACACGCGCCCGUUCACCGGCGCCAACUGCACCGGCACCGUCCGCUGGUUGAGCGGCAAAGACCGCGGCUACCUCGCCGUCGUCGCGGGUGGCCUCGUGCACAUCCACGCCGUCAAGGAAGGCCCACCCAAGCGCAAAGGCAAAACCUCCCAGCCGCGCUCCAUGAUCUCCAAAACCAAGACUCUGGAAUUCCGCCUUUCCCUCAUCCCCGACCUCCUCUUCCCCGCCGACGUCGCCGACAUCCUCGCAGCCCGUAACGCCGGUGACCCAACCCCGACGCUGCAGCCACGCGGGAUCUGGCGUGUUCGCGCCCCGGGCAAACCUUCCCUUCCUCAGUCGCCGAUCCCAUCCACCCACCCGCGUUCCCGCGCCCAACGCACCCGCCACCCACUCUCCUUUGCCGAGAUCGAGACCAACCCGCCCUACCAGCCCUUCCACACCGACUCCCGCGUCGCGCUGUUCACGUUCUCCCGCAGCCACGCGCACGAUCCGUCGUCGUCGCCCGACCGAUCCGACCCGCACCACCUUGACGACGCGCAGCCGUGGGCGUUCGGUGAGCCGCUGCCGAAGACGCAGCUCGCGAUACCGGGGCGGGCACUCGGUGGGGGGCGUGGAGGGGAGGAGGACGAUGAGGGAGGGGACGGGGCUGUGGGGAGACUGAUGGAGAAGACGGUAACGCGAACGGAAGGGGGGGAAGAGAUCGUGGAGCAGGUGGUGGUGACGACGAGGAGAAGGCGGAGGAGGCCGGACAGGGAGGGGGACGAUGAGGAUGAUGGGUUCUUUGAGGAUGAUUGUGACGUGUUGGAUUUUGCGGAGGAUAGGGUUUAAGGGGGUGGAUCGGUCCGUGGCUGGUGUGGCAGGGGUAUAGCUGCUUGCAUCAUGUCUUACAUUUUUCAGGAGUUCGAGGACGCAUGGCUAUUCGAUUUGGGACGGAUCAUUGGGCUAGGGCAUGGGAGCAAAGUAAUAGAACGGGUAAGGCGUUUUUAAUGGCGUGGAUCAUAGCCAGCCACUGUCUAUAUGGGAACAUCGGGCAGUGAUGUUUUGCUACCAAAUACAAGACAAUUUCCGUAUCCCGAGACCGUCAUGAGCUCUUUGCCUGGCGAUCAGUGCCUGUAUCACUCGUAGGUCACUGUCCUAUGUAGGGAGG